AUCUACUAUAAGCCUGUAGUGCUGCUCCUACUGAGAUUUGCAACACUCCUCCACAGCUAGCUACUACCAUGGACACAAAGGUGUGCAUAUCACUCGCAAUCCUCGCGCUUGUGCUCGCCGGCCCGGAGACGACGCGAGCUGCGGCGUUCGCCGGCGGUACCGCCAGCAUCGACAUGGCCGCGGCGGUGCACCGCCGCAUCCUCGCCGACCCAGGCUUGGGCUCGGGUGUCUACAACGCCAACAAUGCAGCCUGCGGCAGUCAGUGCGCCGGACACGGAAAGCGGUACACCGGCCGGGGAUGCGAUUCGUUUUACGGCUGCCGCUCCAAGCCUCCCUGAAUGGACCAGCACUACGUACGGGCGUCGACGCUAACUACAUUCCUGCCUGGCGUCCAUCCAUGGGUGCACUCGCGCGUUCCGUCCAUCCAUGCAGGAUUGCAUCCAUGUUCUGUUUCCAUUUCCAUUUGGCAUUUCGUACUGCUAUUGCUAUAUAUAUAUUGAAUUAACCUUUUUCCAAAGGAAACUUUUGUUACCAUCUCCUCGAGUUGUGAUUUGUGAAGUGAUUCCGACUGAUGAGCGGCAAGUCAACGUUAUCUUAAGUCUAGUAUGUGAACAAUAUGUACUUUGCCUUACCAUAAGUACACUGUAUUUGAAUUAUAAUAGUACUUUGUCUUUUCCUUU